UUAAAGUUUUAAUAGUAGAUAAAGCCAUAGAAUUCCAAGAUAAUGUUAUAGAAUUAAUGAAUAAAUAUGGUAUUCAAAUUCAAAUAGCAAAUUCUAAAGAGUCUAUGGAUAUUGUUGAGAGAUUUAAUUGUACACUUCAAGAAUGGGCAUUCUUUAUUCAAGAUA